GCAGGAGGAGGGGAGGGCCAGUGGCGAUUAGGCGACAAGGCCACCGCCCGGAACACAAAGCCCCCGCGCCUUUUGCUUCGUCGAGACGUCGCCGUACACGACUCCCCGCCGAGCGCAAUCUCGCGCCCCUUUUGUCAGAAUGCGAGCUCCGUAGAACUACGCUCUGGGAACGUCCGCAUAGAACGCCACCACGAAUUGGACGCGGGCCGCUGUUUUGCGUCCAGCACCGUGCGACCCAAGGAUCCGGAAACAUCGCCCGUCCACCGAAUAAUCAGGUGUUGGUGGCCUUUGAGAAAGAAAAGCCUUUCAAGCCUGUCGCGGGCACCGCUGGUUCUUCGAAAGGCCGACAAAUCGAAUCGCCAUGAUCCUGUGCUCGCUGAAGACCGAGCUGUUGGUCCUCGUCCGCGAACUGGUCGUCUUCUUGUUCAUCCGCCUGGCGGACUUGCUGUUCACGCUCUGGUUCUGGAGGACGCCCAAAGCCAAGCUUCCGGAGGUCACGGACCCGCUGCUCCUGGAACCCGCCACGCUGGUCGCCUCCAGGAUACGGGCGGGCAAGCUGAAGAGCGCGGACGUGGUGAGGGCGUACGUGAAGCGGCUGGAGGAGGUGAACCCGGCGCUGAAUGCCGUCACGGACACCAGGUACGAGGAGGCGCUCACCGAGGCCCAGGAGGUGGACCGGCAAGUGGCCGAAGGGGCCGCAGCCUCGGAGCGAGACCAGCCGCUGCUGGGCGUCCCUUUCACCGUCAAGAACACCAUAGGCGUCCGAGGUUGCGUGCAGGACUGCGGCUCCUUUUACUCGAAGGGACGGCGGGCCACCGAAGACGCCCAGGUGGUGGCGCUGAUGCGCAAGGCCGGCGCCAUUCCCGUGGCCAUCAGCAGCGUUCCCGAGCUCUGCCUGUCCCUGGAGUGCAACAGCGUCCUCCACGGGACCACCUGCAACCCGUACGACUCCAACAGGAGCCCCGGUGGAAGCUCAGGAGGUGAGGCCAGCCUUCUCGGUGCGGCCGCGUCAGUCAUCGGCCUGGGCACGGAUCUGGCAGGCAGCAUCCGCCACCCUGCGGGCAACUGCGGCGUCUUCGGCCACAAGCCAACUCACGGCAUCGUCUCUCGACACGGCCUGUACCCCGACAGGGGUGAGGCCGUGGGCAAGUUCUCGACGCCCGGUCCCAUGUGCCGCUAUGCCGACGAUCUCCUUCCCAUGCUGCGGGUCAUGGCCGGAGAGAACGCUCCCAGGCUGGCCCUGGACAGCCCGGUUGAUUUGAAAAAAUUAAAAGUGUUCUACCUUGUUGAAGAUGGUAACAAGUACAUCGGGCGCCUGCAAAAAAAGUUCAGCCAAGCCGUCCUUGAUGCUGUCGCUUGUCUGGAACCUCUUUGCGAGGCCCGGCCCCGGCAGGUGUCGUUCGAAGAGCUGCCGCGGGCCUCGCGUAUCUGGAUGGCAACUGUGAGGUCCGGCGCUCCGCCUCCAUUCGCCGAAGUCAUGAAGAACUACACGGAGAAGCUGAACCCGCUGACGGAGCUGGCGCUCAAGCUGGUCGGCCGGUCCCACCACACGGUGGCCGCCAUUGUGGUGGCCCUCAGGGAAAGGGAAAAGGACUUUACAGACCCCGCCCGCGUGGCGGACCUCACCGCGCAGGGACAGCGCUUCGUGCGCAAGCUGGAAGAGCUCCUCCAGGACGGCGACGCAGUGCUCGUGAUGCCGGCCGCGGGGUUCGGCGCUCCCGGCUACCACGGCCAGUGGCUGACGAACAUGGACAACGUGAACUACACGUGCCUCUUCAACACGGCCACGGUUCCCGCGACCGCGUGUCCGCUCUACCUGGACAAGAGGGGCCUGCCCGUCGGGGUGCAGGUGGUGGCGGCCCGCUACAAGGACAGGCUCUGCCUCGCCGUGGCCAGGGAACUCGCCAGCAAGUUCGGCGGUUGGAGGGCUCCGGGGACGCGGACCUCCGCUUGAGCGGCCAUUUCGGGCAUGGCAUCUGGAGGGGCCGAUAGCUGAUUUCGAUGUUCCGUGAUAUAGUCGUCAUCGCGCAUUGGAACCAACAAGAUAACUCCCUAAGGGCGGUCGCGGCGCUAAUGUGGAGAUCUGGGCCUGCUUGCUAGAGACAGAAGUCUCAGCUGAGAGUCCUGUGUGAAAGAGAUCGAUGGCGAAGAUAGCGCACGAGCCAGUAUCACCAAGAAGACGUGGCCCGCGCAUCGUCUGCCUCCUCCAACUUCAUCAAUUGACAAGCUCUACGGAAGAGCGUGGUUCAAAAACCACCCCUUCUCGUUGCCCGCAAGCGAGCAAGUAUACGGGCGCGGAUAGCGUUCCUCGCGCCACCAGCAGCACGUCUCUCACGGGAAACGGCGAAAGACCGUUUUCGAACCACGCUCUUUUUGCGUAGACUUUACGUUGACCAUGUAAAAAAACACAAUAGAAUAUUCACCUACAACCACCUUCAACCCCUGGCAAUGUGCAUCCAACGUUCCACCGGUUCCGUCGUUUCUUGCCAAAUAGGGUGAUAGCGUAGCGAGCUCCGCUGAUUGGACGCGCCACGAAAAGGCGUGCGACGUUCUAGGAAUAUUAUCAACUGAUUUGAUGAGCGUUACUUUUUUCUAUUAUAGUAACGUUGAUCACUAGCGGAUCCACGCUGCGCGCCGCCUACCUCCAGUCAGCAUCCUUGACUUCGCGUGUUGCAGCGUUCCCCAACGAGCGCGACAUUAGCGAGUUUUAGUAGACCGUGUUUCCCCCUCCGCUACGAUGAAACCGCCACUGCGCCUGCGUGCCGAUGGCCUUGGCUAUAGAGUUCCUGGUAGCGGAGGGGCUUAGCCGAGGGGGAAAGACGGUCUACUAAAACUCCCAAUUAGCACGCAGCGACGCCCAGACGGACGCGUAUAUGCCGCAUUGUGGCGGCUCUUAUUGAGCUUCAGCGUGUCUACCGCUUGGGGCGGGUCGGGGAUGCACUAACCAUGACGUCAUGUGCAAGCCUAGUCUUCUAGCUGGUGUUUGCCCAACGCCUUUCUUACGUGCCCAACAAAACCAUAGUCGGAAUUGCGUAGUGAGGAUCGGAGUGACGCAUCUUGAUCGUUUUGUUCUGUGUGACAGUGGCCUCAAAAGAUCGAGGUCAUCGUGUCAGUAAUGGGGCUAUGAAACUGAAACAUUGGCAUUCUGCGAGUUCUCAACGCUCCGCAGGCACAUCUGUCUUUUCGGUAUAUUCUGCCCGUCUGCAUUUCAUUAUCAGCCAGUCGUCACUGCAAGUUCUCUGAAGUUGUGCAUAGUUAGUUGAUUCCGUUAUACCUCGAUGUGCGUGGAGAAAUUCGCUAUGAUAAAAUCGAAUACGAUAUUUUUCGGUACCUAUAACUAAUCGAUAAUAUUCGUCAAGUAAACCUGUUUUUUUUUUUUUUUGCGUGCUCCAUUCGCUGCUGCCUUCGCCGUUGUCUGAAUUGCUGUGUUUCUGGAAAUGCAUAUUUUGACUGCCUGUGUUUCUGUUGCGAAAGGUAAAUAACUGAAAACCAUUUAUAAGAUUUUUGUAAGACAUUAAGGGGAGGGUGAAUGUCACCGAAUUAUGAGAUUAACCAUUUUAUUUUUAUUCUAAUUAUAGAAGGGUUGGGAACGGGACGGUGAUAAGCGUUCAUCAGAGCCUACAGGUUUGUUGUGUUUUUCUGCUGUGAUAAAAUAUUAGAAGAUGAAAGAAAAGUUGACUUAUGUUUUAUGAGCGCUGAAUCAAACUCCUUAAUAAAAUUAUGUCAUAAAAAACGA